AUGGAUACGCUUGGGCUCCAUAAGAAGAGUGUGGAGUAUGUGGUACAGACAGACUCCCUGUCGAGGAAGGCAGCAGAGAUUCAGUUGGGUCCUAAGAACCAGACCCUCCUACAGCAGCAAGCCCAGCAGGCCACACAACAAGUCACACAACUGGAGGCCAGCCUCAAGAAGAAUGUUGACAUGCUGGAGAUGGUGUGUGUUUGGUGGGAGCGUUUCAUCAGGGAGUCAGAGGCCUUCUCCUGGAUCUCAGAGAGGGAGCGAGAGCUGGACACUGUGGACUCCAAUUCCUCCUCAGACCCCCUUGAUAAACACAUCAGCACAGUGGAGUUUGUUGGAGCAAGACUAGAAGAGAGGGCAGCCAUCUUGUCCCACCUGGAGGCGGAGUCAGAGGCUCUGUCAGGGUUUGUGACCCCUGGGGAGGCGGGGCAUAUCCGGGCGCGGCUGGCUCAGAUGGAGCGGUACUGGGAGGAGCUGAAGGAGAACGUAGAGCAGCUGGGGGGACAGCUCAACCAGAGCGCCACCUGCAGGCAGAGGUUUAACAACAACCUGGAACAGGUGAAGACAACGAUGGUUGACCUCAAAGAGAAGCUGGACAUCACCAUCACCUGCUGUACAUCCUCCUCAGAGACCUACAGAGUUCUCCAGGACCAUAUGGACGUAGUCCAGGCCUUGGAGCAGCUGAAGCCCAGGCUGCUGGCUCUGUGCUUGGGGAAAAAGAGGCUGGGUAAAGGGGAUCUGCUGGAGGGAGAGGUGGCUAACCUCCAGAAGGACCAGGGAGAAUACAUAGAGCAGGCUGCAGAGAAACAGGCUACACUGGAGAAACUGCUGGUACUAUGGCAAAAGUAUGAGAAGGAGAGUUCCAGUCUCAGGUCCUGGUUAGACAGAUGUGAGUCUGUCUGCUGUCCAGACACUCAACUCCUCUCUUCAAGCAAAGCAAAGCUGAUGAAUGAGCUGCAAACUGUACAGGAAAUGCAGAGUGAUUUGCAGUCCCAUGAAGCUUUUCUGCAGGGUGUGGUGAGUUUGGCGGCGUGUCUCUACCCUACAGCACCAGAGGGGCGGGUCAGAGAACUCACUGAUGACAUUACACAGCUGGAGGAGAGAAGCACCUCAAUGAAAAACAGUAUAACACAAAGGCUGCAGCAGCUGCAGACACACCUGGCUCAGGUGGAGCUCUUUGACGAGGCCCUGCUGACCCUCACCCAGUGGAGCGAGAACUUCCUGUCUGUACUCAGAACGACUUCCCAGGUCAACAUAGCUGACCUGCAGGCUGCUGUCACCCAGGUCAAGGUGAGUUAG